AUGGAGGUAAUCGAAUGCCGGCGCUUCUUAGCGGCUUGGACUCGAUCCAAGGCCGACAAAGAGAUCGUACGGAACGACCACGUCAUCACGCAGUACGAGCAAUUGGCACUGCACUACCAGCAGCUCCUUCAAGACCAGAACGAGUUCGAGGCGCUGGAAUCCGAUCUUGCAUCGUUAUUGGCUGAAAUUAAAGUACUGAAGCAAGAGACACAGCCAGUGACGCCACCACCGCGUAUUCUUCGAGCAUCAGAAAUCAUCAAGCUCCGAGAAGAGCGCCAUCGUGCUGCCGCGAUUUCCAGCAGGCUGGAAGCUCCAGUAAAGAAGCAGGAACUUGUGCUCGAAUCUUGUGACAAUGGGAAGGAAGAGGGGACCUGUGCGAAGCCGGAAACGCAUCUGCAUCUGACGGCCAAUGACUUGAAGUCGAUCUUGGACGCAGCGGUUCCACGAGAGGAGAAACCGUCGACCAAGGCGAUCCGACAACGCCUUGGAUUGAUGGAUCGAUCCAAAGCACACGCAAGUGCGUCAGAGACGGUAGCGCGAGAAGAGCAAGAAUCGAUUCAGUCGGAGAUGAUGUCGCUCGCGAAGCAGCUGAAGGACAGGACGCAGCUUAUCAAUCAAUCGCUGCUGGAGGAUGUCAAAAUCUUGGACGCUGUUGGUGAAAGCGCCGAAUCCAACGCGGCCUUACUGGAUCGUGAAAACACCAUGCUGAAGAAACAACUGGCUGCGAGUAUUGGACUCUGGACUUCGCUUUGGUUCGUGGCGAUGCUGUUUGUCGUGUUUGUUGUCACGUAUUUCUACAUGAAAAUGUUCUCACGGCGCUGGUAA